GCCUUUCAUAACACGUCAGCAGAAAUCUUGUGAGGAUGGUCUUAGCUGUUUACAGCCAGAUCUGUACCCACCAUUUCACUCCAGGGUUAAAAAGGAAAAGCUCUCAUUCUCUAACAUCACCUUGUGACCUGAGUUGGAGGGGUGUGACAUUAUUUUUUGUACAGUUCUUUCUCCUGGGAGCACGAAACCCACUGCUGACCCAGCCCGAAGUAGGCACAGCGCCAUGGAAGCAAUGGAAGUUACACAAGGGUGCGAAACCGCUUAUGGAGCCGCAUCACACACUGGACCCAAUGUUGCCUGGUGAGCAGGAGGUGGAGCUUUCGGCCUUUGUGUGGAAGCUCUCCAAUGAGACCCAGAGCUCCGGUUCUCCUAACAGCAGCCCCUGCAGCAGGGCUGAGGCAUGGGCGGAGUCCGAGCGAACUAAAAUAAACACCGCCUUGGAGCACCUCGUGGGUGUGCGCAGCUCCAAUAGCUGGGACAGCCUAGUCGCCAAAACAUCUGGCAAGAUGAUCAAAUCCUUCAAGCAAACAUUUCUGUCCCUGGAUCUGCAGUCCCCUAGGUGGAGCUCAAUAGAGACCAUGGCAAAGGACUCCGAACUGCGCCAGUAUGAGACAGCCAAGUGGGUCAGCACAGUCAUUAAGGGAGAGACCCAGAAGGAAGCAAUGCGCCAGGGCUUCUGGAAACUAUUCCACUACAUCCAAGGGAAGAAUGAGAAAGAAAUCAAGAUUGAUAUGACUGUGCCAGUGACAUGUCUGGUAAAGUCUGGCUGUGCAGAUUUCAAGAUCUCCUUCUUUGUGCCAUUUGAACAUCAGGACUCCCCACCACAGCCCACUGACUCAGAUGUGUUUGUUGAGGAGCGGAAGGCAGCAGCCAUCUUUGUCAGGUCCUUCAGUGGAUUUGCCUCACCAGAUAAAUACGCUGAAGAAGCUGAAGCCUUGGCUAAACUCUUAAGAAACAGAGGCCAACCAUUCCAUGAAGAUUUCUUUUACACAGCAGGCUAUGACAGUCCCUUCAAGCUCUUUAACAGGCACAAUGAAGUGUGGUAUUUUAGGAAGUAAUCCAGAGGCAGAGAAUACUAGGUGGUUACUAAUCAACUCUGACUGGAAACAGACCCUAUUAAUGGCUUUUGCUUUACUGCAGAAGAUAUUUUAUGUGAACACAGGAACAUCUCUAAUUCAUUUUAUCUAGGAUGAAGUUACUCUGGCUAAAAACUCACAUAGCUCAUGCCAGCUGGAGUGGGAAGGAGAUGAAACUCAAUCUUGUUCCUCUUAAUGAAAAAUUCUGGGAAGCAUCAGAAAAUACUCUUGUAGGAGUUGAGACGUCUAGUUUUUCUGACGAGCAAGUUCUUCACAGCACUAACUUCUCCUUUAACAUCACAACAAGAUGGGGGAAGAACGUAAGUUUUUCAGAAAAAAUGGUAUUAAUGAGUUUUGGUAACAGUCAUAUGCCUUAACAGGCCCUAGUACCAUACAAGCAUUUCUACCUUUAAAAUAGGAUUAUCCAAGUCUCCCACCUCUGCUAGUAUUUUUCCUUCCUCAUGGAGGGUGGACACUGCCAUGCCCCAUACUAAUGCCACUGACCAGACCAAACUUAAUCCAGUGGAAAAGUGUUAACAGAAUCCAAGCCCUAUGGUGGUUCUGUAAAAAAAAAAACUUUUUUGGUAUUUUUCUUUUAAGCUUUACCCAAACCAAGGUAUUGCUCAGGUCAACUCCAGUCUGCCUUUAACACUAGUAUUAGGACGAGAGGGAAUGGCUUCAAGCUGCAUCAGGGAAGACUCAGGCUGGACAUUAGGAAAUACUACUUCUCUGAAAGGGUGGUCAGGCACUGGAAUGGGCUGCCCAGAGAGGUGGUGGAGUCACCAACCCUGGUGGUGUUCAAAGAGUGUUUGGAUGUUGUGUUGAGGGACAUGGUUUAGCGGGAACCAUUGAUCAAGGGCAAAUAGUUGGACUGGAUGAUCCUGUGGGUCUUUUCCAACCUUAGCGAUUCUAUGAUUCUAUGAUCAGCUACACCCUACAGCAGAGAGCACUUGCAGGACUAGCAUUUCCUUAAACUUGUUAGCUCCCUGUCCUAAACCAAGUAUUUGUAGCUUUUAUCAGACACCCACGAGCUACUUCAUAGCAAGCAGUCAAAUCAGAAAGAAGUUCACAACAACAGGCAGAGUUUACAAGAUUUUAUUAGCUCCAAUCAACACCACAAAGUCUUGUUUUAAUGCUGUUCAUGCAAGUGCAACCCAUUAUCCUGGGAUCUUCCACCUAUUAAGUAAGGCAUAAGAAUUGUUACAAGGCAUCAAACCAGUACAAGAAGCUUGUUGGAACAACUCAGACCUUAGGUUUUCAUCUCUGUUCAGUGAGAGAGUUCAAGCUAAGGUUUUAAUCAUCAUUUGUUCCAGCAACUAAGUGUUAUUAAUAGUUACACUCACCCUUCUGUUUGGUCAUACAGUUCCAAAGUUACAUCCUCACCUAAAGCAGGAAAACACACUUAGCAUGCAGUGGCACACCUGCUAAGAGUUCCUCUCAGCAGCUGUGUAACCUCAGAAAGAAUGGAACGGAAAUGGUAAUAUCACAGAAAUUCAUCUGGCAGAAUCAAGUUUCAUCAGUGGCUACCAAUACUUUCAGAAGAGAGAAUUAAUCUGUGUUAUCUUACCCAGUGAGGUGGCAGACAGAGCAGUCCUUUCCUGAGAAACAGAGAAAUUGUUUCAGAGUAAGAUAUCACUAUAUGUGGGUAUAUAAACUAUCAAACUAAUUUUAACCUGUAAAAAGGCUGUACUUGAGCUGUCAACUGACAGCUUCAAUUUGUAACACCUAAUAUUAAAAAAGCUUAUAAAUCCUAAAUGAACUGGAAAUACAGAAUCACUAACAUCAGAGGAAUCAGAAAAACAGUUGGCUAUACAUGCUUAAUGAUACUGUCCCUCCAACUGAAAGUCAUUUGGUUGGAAUGAGUUGAUACCUAAAAUACAAGCCCCAUAAAACCUCUGGAACAAAGUGCUACAGCAACCUACAUCUUCAACUCAAUCUUAAGUUUGCAUACCUCCAACAUAAGCAAGAUUAUUGCUACUCUUAGUAGAUUGUAUCAGCUACAGGAUAUCUUUUUUCCACUUCAAGUGUGCAGCAGUGUUAGUGUCAGUUCACAGAACAGCCAUACAGGUAGGUAGGCGUUAUGACAGGAGUUGUAUGCUUGCUGCUGUGCAUUCUGCUGUAUUAAAUUGUCAACACAUUGGCUUAAGUAGACCCCACUGAUUCAGCUUUUAUGAUUUUUACUGUGUGAAGAUACCAAGCAAUAAAAAACGUGUUUUUUUGA